CCUAUCUAUGGUCCUACGAACAGUUUUUUUGUAAAUUUAAAGCGCCUAUCAAAAUGAAAAUCGACGGAAGCGUGGCAAUUGUGACGGGCGGUGCUCAAGGUGUUGGUAGAGGUAUCGUAGAAGCUUUGUUGGGAAAAGGGGCUAAGGUUUGCAUCGCUGAUAUAAACAAGGCAACUAGUGAACUAACUGUCAAGGAACUCGCUGAAACAUAUGGUGAUAAAAUAUUCUGUAAAGAAUGUGAUGUAACAAAGGAUGCUGAAAUCAGAGCUGUUUUUGGUGUGGUACAGGACAAAUUUGGCUCACGUGCUGACAUAAUGGUCAACAACGCAGGGAUCUGCGACGAGUUCGACUUUGCUCGAUGUGUGGCAAUCAAUCUAGAAGCUCAAAUUAGAUGUACGCACGCUGCUGUUGAAUCGAUGGGAGUUAACAAUGGGGGCAAAGGCGGCGUUAUACUAUUCACAGCAUCUAUUUUAGGAGUAAUACCCUUCCAAGGAGCACCAGUGUACUGUGCAACUAAACAUGCAGUGGUCGGAUAUGUUCGAUGUCUAGCUUCGUGUCCAUCUUACAGUCAAUGUGGACUCCGAUUUAAUUGCAUCUGUCCCAGCUACGUUGAUACACCACUUAUCUCAGUUGCUGAGUUAUCGAAGAAUAUAGAUGCGGAAUGUAUUGACGCAGCCAUUGAAAAGAGAAAUUCUGUAGAUCUGUUAAGACCGAGUGAUGUCGGUGUAGGUUGCAUCAAGCUAAUUGAAGACGACACGCUGAAUGGCAAGGCGUUAGUCGUCAACCAUGGGGACACUGGACGUGGCGAUGUCGCUGUAUAUUCGUUUGCAGAGCCACCUACAGACACAAUAAAGUUAUAACCUUUUAUAUUUCUAAAAGUCUCAAACAAACUAUUUUUCGUAUGUGUUCGUAACACCAUAACUGGGACAUAUGUGGUAUCAAACAUAAUGUUUUCAAAAUUUA